AUGACAACAGAUCUACCUUUUCAUGUAGAAGGUUUCGAGAGUUGGGAUAUAGAUAAAGUUGUUGACUUUCUACAAUCAAGGAAAGAUAAUUUAGAGUUGACACAAGAAGAUCUUAAAGAAAUGGGAUUAGAGAUUGGGCCUAGAAAAUCUAUCAUGAAACUAGUGCCAAAAUUGAAAAACACUAAAGCAUUUACUUACUAUCUGGAAAGGAUCCUGCAAGAUAAAGAUGGUGCAAAAAAUAUUACUUUUAGUAUAGAAACAUCACAAAUUAAUUACUCUGAGUAUAAGAAAUUAUCUGAUCUUGACGAGAUAUUUGGCAACAAUAUUAAAAGUAUAAGUGGAUUGAAUGAACUUCCUCAAAUGAAUUUUCCAAGCUAUGAUGUGGAGGAUGAGGAAUUAACCAAAAUUGUUUCUCGUGUAUUAUUAAUUGCCACUUCAGGGCCAAUUGUGGGAAAGAAUGAAAUGGAAAGAUCAUAUUUCAUUGAUGCACUUCUUAGAGAAAUAGUAUUUUUUUUUGGUGAAAAAUUUUCUAUAAGUCAACAAUAUAAUGUAAUUGGUUCUCAUGGUGACGGAAGAGUAGAUUUUUUAAUCAUGCAUGGUGAAAUAAUAAUUUGUAUCACAGAAGCAAAAACAACAGAAAUUGAAGAAGCUAUGGCACAGAAUUUUGCGCAACUACAUUUGACAUGUAAGAAAAAUAUCAGGAAAAGAAAAUACAGUGCAAUAGAUGAUAAAUAUGAAUAUGUUUAUGGCAUAGUUUCAACUGGUGACCAAUGGGUCUUUACAAUAGUAACAUCAGAUAAUAAAUUAGCUGCAGCAAAUAAAAAUGUUCAGAUUAUUGGAGUUCAUACCAAAUAUUAUGAUGAAGAUCUUUUGAAGAAAGAGACUUUAAGUUUGGUUAGGAUUAUUUCAAGUAUUUUAAAUGAUAGCAUCUCAAAUAGCAGUCCACAAUCUAAAAAAAUCCAAAUUGAAAAAAUCUUACCAUUAAAUAAGGAUUGA